AUGAGAGUCUUCAUCUUAUAUUCUGACAGCCAAGGGAAGCUUGUGGAACCAAUUUGCGGUAGUUCGGGCAUUCCAGAAAAUGCCGUCACAAUGGAAAUCCUAUGCCGACGAUUCUUUGACCGGAACGAAAACUAUUAUAUAAAUGGUUUCAGCUACGAUUGCCAAGUCUUUUUGAAUAUUCUCAAGGAUCACACAAAGAGAAUGCAAAAUAUUACCCUCGAUUUGAUCGAAGCAACCAUGGGCCCAGAAUACCUUGCUCUUCUGAUAGCCACUUUCAACAAGACAAACUCUCUAACGUUGGUUGAUUUGAUGGGGGAUGCUGGAUAUACGUGCUUGAAGAGUUGUUUUCUGCAACAAGAUGGACCUCGGGAGAUCCAGUUUUAUCCCGUCAAAAGGAUAUCCAUCGAUCAUGCCAGGCUCUUAUUCGAAGGAUUGGCAUUGUCUUCCACAAUCGAAAGCUUCGUCUUAUCACCCCCAAGUGGGAACUUGAUUUUUGUGGAUCCAGAUGACGCAGGUCAUGCAUUUGUGGCUGCACUUGGGCAGAACCGAAGUUUGAAACACAUUCAGCUCCAUUCCGAUCAUUUUCAGGCAGUGCUACGAUGGCAAACCUUUCCAGAGAUUUUCAAGACUGCAAUUCUCGACACGAAAGUGCAAAGUAUGGAUGUGCGACAAGCCUCUCUUGUAGGGCAGGCAAGAAUUUCUUUUGAAACCUUUCAGGAGACCUUGUGCCAACGAGACUGCUCCCUGGAAAAGCUUCGAAUGACAGCGGUAGCCUUUUGGCCACCAGACGAUGAUGUUUUGAUGGACGACAACGAUGAUGCUGCAUCCGAAGACAGCAUAAUACCCAACACUUCAAUCAAGGAGUUUAGCUUGAAUGAAAUUGGUCUGGAUUCACCGCGGAUCAUGGAGACAGUCUCCUUGCUACACUCCCUAGUGUCUUUGGAUCUACGUGGAAAUUCCAUUUCGACGCUUUCUCCGCUCGAUCCUUUGCUCAUUGGUGAAUAUCUGACCUUACAGUGCCUGAAUCUGGAUGAAAAUUGGAUAGGAGAAGCGGAGGCGGUCGGCUUCCUUCGCAAACUACCACAAAUGACAUGUCUCCGACACCUCAGCAUGUCGUCCAAUCCAUUUUGCUGGACCCGAUCCUACAUGGAAGUCCUUGCCGAUGUGGUGUGGCGCAACAAAAGUCUAGAGGACAUACGUUUUGAAGUUAAUGAUUUGUGUCCAGAACUUGCGGCCAUGUACUCUCAAAUCAGCGUCCCCUUGAGCUGGAAUCGAGGAGGUCGAAGGGCCUUGAUGCAGGUGGAAUCUUCUUCCACGGGAACAUUGCCGCCAAAUCUCUGGCCAAUGGUGCUGGAACGAGCAACUAGAAUAUGCUACUACGAAUACGGCGAUGAAUGGCACAAGCCAUCGUGGGAAAGUACACAGCCUGACGUAGUAUAUUGGUUGCUACAGAAAAAGAUAUUGGGCGAAUGGCUUUCGUGA